AUGUUUUCCUCAGAAUGUUUUCACAUCAUCACGCCCUCACUAUUUUUUUGUCUUAUCGCUUGCGUGCUAGCUUUCAGGUGUUACGUAGGAGAAACAAAGAACCAUGAAAAGCCAAAUAACACAGAAUUAUGUGUGUCGGCAAAAUACUGCCUGAAAAAAACUCGAAAAUCUGGCAAUGAUGCUGUACAUAUAUACGGUUGUGAUGAAUGGAGUGAAUGCCGUAAAAGUAUUUUGGAUAUUUUUGGUCUAAAGAUCUUGGAAAAGGGAAUUUUCGGUACGGAAAUGACGGAAAUGGCGGAAAUGUCUUAUACUGCGUCUUCCGAAACGAUGAAGAAUGAAGAAAAGAUCCUCACCAUCACGAGUAUGUGCUAA